UCUGGAACCAGUUCGGCGAGCAGCUGCUGCUGACGCCCGACUCAUUGUUGGUUACCUGAGCUGGGGAACCACGUGAGCGCCACAUCAUCUGGGCUUGAAAGUCAGAGAAAGGAGGAAGCAGGAAAAGAAGGCGCCCCAACCACGGAAAAGGGCUCGCUUCGAUUCGCCAAAAGGCUGCCGAGGUGAGGGGCCCGCGCGCCGGAGUGUAAGAAGGAGGGUCUUCGACGCAGCUUCGCCCCGGGCUGCUGGGGGCCGCCUGGCUCAUCGGUUACUGCCUUCCCGCCUCCUCCUCCUGCUGUUGGUGCCGCUGGUGCCGCCGCCACGCGCGCGCCCGCCCAGGGGGACCCGCGCGCCACUCACCCGCGACCUCCGAGAACCCGGCAGAGGAGCCGAGCGGCGGCGGCUCGGCGGCGGGCUGGCGGGCUGGCGCUCGGGGCGAUGCUGCAGUCGCUGGCGGGCAGCUCGUGCGUGCGGCUGGUGGAGAGGCACCGUUCCGCCUGGUGCUUCGGCUUGCUGCUCCUCGGCUACUUCCUCUAUCUGGUCUUCGGCGCCGUGGUGUUCUCGUCGGUGGAGCUGCCUUACGAGGACCUGCUGCGCCAGGAGCUGCGCAAACUGAAGCGGAGCUUCGUGGAGGAUCACAAGUGCCUGUCGGAAGCGCAGCUGGAGCGCUUCUUGGCGCGCGUCCUGGAGGCCAGUAACUACGGCGUGUCGGUGCUGAGCAACGCCUCCGCCAACUGGAACUGGGACUUCACCUCGUCCCUCUUCUUCGCCAGUACGGUGCUCUCCACCACAGGUUAUGGUCACACUGUGCCUUUGUCAGAUGGAGGAAAGGCUUUCUGCAUCAUCUAUUCUGUCAUUGGAAUCCCCUUUACGCUUCUGUUCCUGACAGCAGUGGUGCAGCGCAUUAUAGUGUACGUCACCCGGAGGCCUGUGCUAUACUUCCACAUUCGAUGGGGUUUCUCAAAGCAGAUAGUUGCCAUCGUCCAUGCAGUGAUUCUGGGCUUCGUUAUUGUUUCAUGCUUUUUCUUUAUCCCAGCAGCAGUAUUUUCUGUACUUGAGGAUGACUGGAACUUUCUGGAAUCUUUUUACUUUUGCUUCAUUUCUCUGAGCACCAUUGGUCUUGGUGACUAUGUUCCAGGAGAAGGUUACAACCAGAAAUUCAGAGAGCUGUACAAAAUAGGAAUAACAUGUUACCUCUUGCUGGGACUCAUUGCAAUGCUGGUUGUUCUAGAGACAUUCUGCGAACUUCAUGAGCUCAAAAAAUUUAGGAAAAUGUUCUAUGUGAAGAAGAACAAGGAAGAGGAUCAAGUUCGGAUAGUAGAACAUGACCAGUUAUCCUUCUCUUCAAUUUCAGAUCAGGCAGCAUCCAUGAAGGAAGAUCAGAAAGUGAAUGAACCUUUUGUGAGUCCUCAGCUUGCACUUAACUGUGAAGGCUCUAUAAACAAUUAACCAAGGGCUUCCAUUCCAGUAUCAACAGUGCACUUACAUUCUUGCAGUUAAAACUAGCACCAUUAGUGAAACUAUAGAGGCAGGAAGGCUAAUGCUACAUUAUUAAGUAUUUGUUUGGAAUAAUUUAAUAAGUAUGGGCCAAAUUAGGCUUUCUUUAGCUGAAUCUACAUUCUGAGAACAUUAGUGGAAUCAUGGUAUGCCGCUGGGAACCCCUAAAUUCAUGGUGUAUAAAGAAGUAGGUGGGGCUAGGUUUGAAGAACAGUUAAGUUCUCACUUCCAUAGGCUGUUGAGAUCCCACCCCCACUCCCCAAAAAAUGUUUGGCAAAGCAGAAAUAUUUUGACACCAAGUCCAGGCUCUGGUUUUGAAUGGGAAACAAUGAGAUUAAAAUAACAUGUCUGAAAAGAAACCCUCUUCCUUUGCCCGUAGUGUGAGUGGGAAUGGCACGUCAGCCUGGAAAACAGGAACAGUUUUUGCAAGGUCAUUGCCGUUUAGUGAAGCCCUUUAAUGAGCAGUCAGUGCACGGCAUGUCAUUCCUGUCCUUCUGCCCCACAGAGUCAAGAGCUGCAGGCAAAGUGCACAGCAGCAGUUCUAGGUAGCCUCUCUCAUUGUGAUUUUUGCAUUCAGCUCAUCACCAUCAAAGGCUGACUCAAGAAGGAUUGGAACAGUCUGAAGUGUGUAAUGAGUUGAACAUGGAUUUUUUGUAUACUACCCACACUUAGAAGUAUACUCCAGUCUAUAGUCAACACUGAAAAAGAAUUCUGUAUCUGCUUUCCGUAGAAAAUCAAACUGGGUGCUUUAUUUCUGGCCUUAAUAACCUAGCAAGAGUGUGUGCUGCAGCUGAUUUCAGUGGACGCAGGAUCAGGGACCCAUAAGCACCAGCAUACACGGCAUUGUAGUAACAUAGGGGAAAGCCAUCUUCCUUUGCAUAUAGACACAUCCUUUGGCUCUUUCUUUAUCCUAUAGGAUGUUUCCCAAACAAUUUAUUCCUCAGUGGUUACAGAAUUAUGGUAAUAUUUAUGUAUUCAUAGAAAGUGAAUAGUUGUAAACAAGCCGAAUACUGUUUAGAUUUUUCAUGAGAAAGGCAAACAUACUUGAAACUCUUAUCACCUAAAAGCACUGUAUAUGAAUUAAGUUAGUACUUAGUGUUAUUAAAUAGUUUUUAUACCUCUACUGGAAAAAAUUGUUAAAUCUGCUUUAAAGCUUAUGUGAACUGAAAUUUAUAUUAAGAAAACAGAGAUGCUUUAUAAACUUGAUUUGAAGCCUAUUGUAAUUGCAUGCUGUUCUCUGAGUGGCUAUUUUUGUACAGAAUAAGUUGGUUCUAUUUAUAAUGAAUGUUUAACUACCAUGUUCAUAAAUAUAUAUAAAUAUAUUUAUACAAUGUACAUACAUUGGAGAUCACCAGAAUUUAAACUGACAACUUUGAAAUCAUUAAGAUUUCUGCCCAGUGUUGUCAAUCCCCAAGUGGGGACUGCAGAUCUCCCACAAUCAGAAGUGGCCUCCAGACUACAGAGAUCAGUUUCCCUGGAGAAAAUGGCUGCUGUAGAGGGUGAGUUCUAUAGUAUUAUACCUGAGGUCUCUCCCAUCUCCAAACCUCACUCUUCUGAGACUCCACUCCCAAAUCUGCAGGCACGUCCCAACCCAGGAUUGGCAUCACGGUCUCAACUCCCCUCAUGAUUUCUCUAAGAGAACAAAUAGCUCCAAAUGUGACACUAAAAACAAUGACUUAAAUUUUGACUGACUGAAUGUGGAAGGAUAGGACUGUAGAGCCUCAACUCUCAGAUUCUUGUUUGUUGUAUAUCUAGCCAGUGAUUUGAAUGCUGUGUUCUUUAUUAUACCAUGAAAAAGAAAUUUGUUUUUCACUGAAGUUCUGUGAACAGUUGGUACAUGGAAACAGGUGAGAUGUGUGUACUUCAGGGUACAGCUACACUCUGAGCAGUAUGUUAUGCAUCUUAAUGUAGCAAUUGACAGAUUUUUUAAAGUGUGUUCAGUUGCAACGACAAUGGACUUUAAAGCACAGAACUGAAGAGACAAGCUGAACACCACACUGCAUUAUGUAUUACCAAACAGCAUUUUAGAUUUUUAAAGUUAAAUAAAGUGUGGUUCCAAUUC